CUUCGAUGCACGAAUAGCAUUGCCUGCAAAUGUGUCCAGAAAAAGGGGGGCCCUCUCGACCCGCCACUCUGGCUGUUCAUCUCAUCUUGCUGCAAGCCGCGCGGACAAAAGAAAGAAGACUACCUCGUUGCCCGCGAUGCAUCUGUCUGCGUGAGCAUGUCUGAGAUGCAAACAUUUCUUAUGACCCAGGACACGCAACAUGUUCGCAGGGUCGCGCAGUCUGUAUACGGUGCGAGGCGACUGUACAUGCGCACUUUGUCGCAUGCUAAUUACAACUGGGAAAUCACACAGGUGCGGCGUAAGCGCCCAUGUUGGGACCUGGCCUGAGCAGGACCACGCACUGUCUACAAUUAAGUACACGCGAGUGGCCUCGCCGAUCUGCGCGCACUUGGCGUCAUGUCUGUCUCUCCACCUCGCAUCAUUAGCGCUCGAUCAAUACCGAGAGUGUGCAUUUCAGACGGCCGUUGCCGUGGACGAUGGCUUUUCUUUGAUUAAGACAAAAGUUGCGCGCGCAACAUGCUGUGGCGGCUGGGGGAAGAAACCGAGACAAGCAGCAAGACGGAAGAUUCCACGCAUGCCAUGCGUGUGGAAAGAAGAAGAAGAAGAAGAAGGAGAAGAAGAAGAAAAAGAAGCAAUCUGCAUGUCUGGCGCUCUGGCUGUGUCUGUCUGACCUUGCC